AUGGUGGUUCCCGGUAAUGAUCAUGGCGGCGCCACCGUGAAACAUGCCAGAUUCGGAAAAACAUUUAACCACCUUGCUCGGUUUUCUUUCCUUGUUUCAAAUCCGGAGUUAGUUUUUUUUAAACAUUACAGACCUACAACAAAAAAUCAACACAAUAACUCAAAAAGGAUGGAUUCGGUUUUAGGUGAAGAUAAGCAACCUUCUGGAGGAGAUAAAAUGGAGAACAACGGCGAUAAAGGGCGGUUUUUGGUGACUGCAAUAGAGAUUCUGGCGACAACAGGUGGUCAUGUUCCAUUUUUUUGUGGUAUUUGUAUUUUUGAUCUGAAUAUUCUCUGCCUCUUGUCAGUGUAUCUCUCCUGUUGUGUCAGUACCAAUGAAUGUUUAUAUACUGCUGGAAUUCUAGGGUUUGUACUAAGUUUAGGUUGA